CCUUUUGCUAGUACGAGAUGUAAAUAAAAUCCCCGGUUUAAAAAUCACCGGUCAGUCGGUCACCACCAAUAGCGCCUCUCCGGUAGAAGGGGCGGCGAGCGACACCUCCAGUAGUCGCUAUAGCCGUCGCUAAAAGCCAACAAUACCGUCUGGUCGUCACAAGGAAAAGCACCAACACGGCCGAGUCCAUGGGCACCGCCCGGCUGCGGUGGAGGCCGUUCAAGUCCUCCUCACCGGCUUCCUCCGCCUCCGCGUCUUCGUCGCCGUCCUCGUCGUUCACGGCCACUGUAGACCCGCCGGCGGAGUUCCUCUGCCCCAUCUCCGGCACGCUCAUGGCCGAUCCCGUCAUCGUGCCGCCGGGCCAGACCAUCGAGCGCGCCUGCAUCCAGGCCUGCGCCGCGCUCGCCUUCUACCCGCCCGCCGUCGCCGGCCUCCCGUCCUCCCCCCUCGUGCUCAUCCCCAACGUCGCGCUCCGCUCCGCCAUCCUCAACUGGUGCGAGCGCCUCGGGCUGCCCCACCCUUCCCCUCUCUCCCUCGACACCGCCGGCGACAUCGUCCGCCGCCUCAUGCCGCCGCGCCAGGAGCAGAGGUCGCAGGUGAACCACGGGUCGGCCCCACAGGCACAGCCACAGGCCUCCUCCGUCCGGACAAGAAACCGCUACAGCGUCGACUACAGCGCCGGCGACGGCUUCGUGCAGGAGCCGAGGCAGGCCGGCGGCUCGCUGGAGGAGGAGGUCAUGGCCGUGCUCGGCGCGGACGGCGCCAGCCCCGCGGAGCAGAAGGCGACGAUGGCCUCUCUGCGGCAGGCGACGCGGGAGAGCAAAGAGAUGCGGACGCAGCUCUGCACGCCGCGGCUGCUCGCCGCGCUCCGGCCGAUGCUGCUAUCCGCCGACGCCGGCAUCCAGGUCAACGCGGCCGCGGCCAUGGUAAACCUGUCGCUCGAGGCGGAGAACAAGGUACGGAUCGUGCGGUCCGGAGCGGUGUCGCCGCUCGUCGACGUGCUCCGGGUCGGCCACCCGGAGGCGCGCGACCACGCCGCCGGCGCGAUCUACAGCCUCGCCGUUGAGGACGAGAACCGCGCGGCCAUCGGCGUGCUGGGCGCGAUCCCGCCGCUGCUGGAGCUGUUCUCGAGCGGCGGGGCGGGCCACCGCGCGCGCCGGGAGGCCGGCAUGGCGCUGUACCACGUCUCCCUCGCCGGGAUGAACCGGUCCAAGAUCGCGCGCACGCCGGGGGUGGUGCGGACGCUGCUGGCCACGGCGGAGGCGCGGGACCGCGGGAACGACGCGGACGCCGCGGCGCUGCGGAAGCUCUCCGUGAUGGUGCUCGCGAACCUGGCCGGGUGCCCGGAAGGGAGGGCCGCGCUGAUGGACGGCGGCGCGGUGGCCGCGAUCGUGGGUCUCAUGCGCAGCGGCUCGGCCGCGCCGGGCAGCGCGGAGGAGGAGUACUGCAUAUCGGCAUUGUACGGGAUGAGCCGGGGCAGCCUGAGGUUCCGCGGGCUGGCGCGCGCGGCCGGCGUCGAGGCGGCGCUGAUGCCGGUGGCCGAGAGCGACGGCGGGGUCGGGCGCGACAUGGCGCGGCGCACGCUCCGGGCGAUGCGCGGGGAGGACGACGAGGUGGCGCUGACGGCGUCAGGGAUACUCGGGAGGGAGUGGGACGACGCGAGCGUCGUGUCGGAGGGGAUGGUGUCGCUCCGGCGGCCGCCGCACCACCGGAGCAACUACGCCGGGCCGUCCGGGUCAAACACGACCCAGUUCUGACAAAGUCAAAAGUCUCCGCUAGCCCCCCACGCUUCUGUUCUCUUGUUUUUUUUAAAAAAAAUACUUCUCUUCUCUGCUCUUGUUUAUUCAAGUGUUUGGAGCAACUGCAUUCACCAUUCGUGAUUUCUUUUGGUGAAUUCUUUUGGCGGAAUUUUAUUGGGUCUAUGUAGGCGUUGAUCUCAUCUGUGAUUAUAAUUGUGAUUAAAGAAGAAACUGGUGUCAUAUUGGUUUU